GCAGUUUUAGAUGUUAGCAAAUAAACUGCAUUUGUAAAAAAAAAAAAAAACAUUCCAUAAAAUCAGACAUACAGAUUUAUUACACACAAGAGUCUCAGCUUUCCAGUGACACCCAAUUUAUGCAAUUCACAGACUGCUUUGGGAGCCCAGUUUGACUGCAUAGUUGUUACCCCAAACUAGAAUAUGUUAGCAACAGUGGACAUGUCUGUAAAGAGGACACUUUUGGUUCAGCAGAAUGCAUUUUCAUGCAGAUAUCUUGAGGUAAGCAGUCAGGGAAAAAUGGCCAUUUCUGUGUUUUUCUUGCCAAAAUGUAGCCUUACUGUGGAGCGUUAUUUAGCCCCCUUCCCAUUGUAAAUGUUACUAAUUAAAUAUUUGGGCAUGUAUUCAGUAAUCUGUCAUGGAAUAUGUUUUAAAAGUACCCUCCCAACACUGAUUAUACCUUAAAUAAACAGUCACAUGCAGACUCUGAUGCAGAGGGUAAGUGUAUGUGUGGGUAAAACAAUGAUGUAUGUUGUGGGCAGUGACAGACAGACAAUAGAUAUCUUUCAGCAGAUUAUUUGGCUUCAUCUUUUCUUUGUCAUGCUAAUUACUGUCAUUCACUCAUUAAUAAAUGGCACAUCUGAAAUUCACUUGGACUACACGUUGACACAUAUAUCUACAGCAACUUAAAAUACACCUUGUAAAUAGAGCUCAUUCUGCUUAUGUCAUCUAUUCGUGGCUGAGCAAGGGACAGAAGUGGACAGGACAGAGUUGGCACAUUAAACAAUCACAGAACAUCAGAGAGGAUUAGCAGCUCUGAGGACUUUAUAAGGGGAAAGUCGGACGGAGAGAGGCAGAGAGACACAAGUGAGACUCAUCGGAUACAGCAGCAGAAAAACUUUCAUCACUUUGAGACUUCAGCCAAAGGUAAGAUGAAGCUGUGAUUUUCUCCUGUAUGGGGAGGCUUUUACUGCUGUGAUAACAUGCAAUGCUUCUGAGAAGAGUGAUGACUUUGUAGCUUUUUUCUUGAUGGCUGAAAAAGAGCUGAAAUGAGAUCUGAGAUACUUAAUGAGAAGAAGGAGUUCUGCUUGAGGUCUGGUCUCUAUUUCCUCAUAAUGUUCUAUUACCAGAGGAGUUUUAACACUCGUUGCUCAUAUUUUCCUAAUCAAUUCUUACAGAAUUUUUGCAUUAGUGUUAAGUGGUUUUUGACAAGAUUUUUUUUUCGAUUGUAGUUGAUGAAUCUGCAGAGACGUGCAUAUUUGUAAAGCACCUUUCAACAGCAGUGCCAUCUACAUGCUGUGCAUAGCUAACAAAAAAGAACUGAAGGUUUUAUUUAUCUCAUAUAUUUUGUACUAUUUCUUCUUCUUCAGUAACUGAUCGAAAUGGCAGACGUCGCCGUUGCAGUUCCCGCCGAGAAGAGGGCACCUCCCAAAUUCAAGCAGAGGACCACUCGCACCUUCAAGAGCAAGGCGCCUAAACCUGGCCAGAAGGGAUUCGGAGACGACAUCCCCGGCAUGGAGGGCCUUGGCACAGACAUCACAGUGAUCUGCCCAUGGGAAGCCUUUGGGGACAUGGAGCUCAGCGACCUGGCGAAAUAUGGAAUUGUUUAGCCCUCUUCUUUAUGAACUCUUACCUCCUGUUAAAACAGUUGUCCCUCAUGUUUUCCAACUGUUUUACUGAGAAAAUCUGGCUUUGUGGUCAAGAGAGGAGGCAGCUUUUGAUUAUUUAAAAUCUGACCUGAAAAAAAAAUCCAGCACUCUCUCUUGACUCUUGCACUUUAUCUUGCCCUGCCUUUCCAACAAUUCUCCAUCGUCCUCGUAACGAGCGCUGAUAGCAGCUCUGGAACUCAAAUUUUACUUUCCACAGAGGAAAAAAAAGAGAAAACAAAUGGUGUAUUUAUUUUCAUAUUGUGAUAUUCUAUAUUUUUUGUUU